UUUUUGUUUCUGAGAGAGAAAGAGAGAGAGAGAAAGAGAGGUUAGGAGGAGAUCUCAGAAUUUUCUUUUAUUAUUAUUUUAAUCUGAUAUAUGCUUAUGAUCCAUUCCAAUAAAAUUCCAGUGGAUGCUUUGGGUUAUGUAAUGUAGAUUGGACAGCUUAAUAGACGGCAAUGGCGAUCGGUUCGAAGGAAAUAGUGGGAUACAUCAAGAAAAUUCCAAUUCAUAUGCGAAGGGCUAGUCGCGGAUGUGUUCGGGAUCAUCCUUUCAUUCUUUGUAUUGUGUGUUUUCUCCUCAUAAUAUACAGGUAUUUUCCUUCGAUUUUCGCUCUUCUGUUGGCUUCAUUUCCUACAAUUCUAUGCACCGCGGUUCUUCUCGGACUCCUCUUAAGUUAUGGUGAACCAAAUGUGCCUGAAACUAAAGAGGAGGGUAAAAGGCUUGUAAAUGGUGAAGCAAAGGAUGCUUCUCUUGUGAGAAAGCAUCAUGAAGGAGCUUUAGUUGCGAGCCGUAGCGAGAAAAAAUCGGUUAGAGAGAAAGAUGAUCACGGUUUUUCUCGAAAGAACGAAAAUAUACCAAGUGAGAUUGGGGAGGAUCAAAAGAAAAGUGGAAAGCCUAAGGUAGAGGUAGAGAUUGAUCAUGUUGAUCAUCGCGAAGCUGCUUCUGAUUGUGAGCCUGAUCAGUCGGAGAUAUCCUCAUCCGACGCCUCUGAGAUCAUCCCGAUGCUUGACGAGCUCCACCCUCUGUUGGAUUCUGAGGCUCCUCAGCCGUCAGCAGCAUCGAAGGACGGCUCUGAUGCGGCGUCAACACAAUCGUCUCAUGAUCGCGAAUCGGAAGACGGUAAUAGCAUCGAGGAAGAAACUGAAAAUCAAGAAGACGAUGAUGAGGAAGACGAGGACGAAGAAGAAGAGGAAGGAGCACAAGAAGAGAAGGAUGAUGAUCAUGCUAAAGUCGUGGAAUGGACGGCGGAUGAUCAAAAGAAUCUCAUGAGCGUCGGGUCUUCUGAGAUCGAGAGGAAUCAGAGAUUGGAAAAUUUAAUUGCCAGGAGGAGGGCAAGGAAGUUCGUGAGAUCGGAAAUGGAAAAGAAUUUGAUUGAUUUGGAUGGUAAUGAAUCUUUGCCUACCAUAGAGGAAUUAUCAAAAUUUCAAGUCCAAAUUCCUCAGGUUUUCGCUCCGAGAAGAAACCCUUUUGAUCUUCCUUUCGAUUCAGAUGACACAAUUCCGGGUUCGGCUCCUUCGGUCCUCUUACCAAGCAGAAAUCCUUUUGAUCUUCCUUAUGAACAAGCAGAUGAGAGUAAUAACCCUGCAGGGAAAGAUGAUGAUAAUAAUAAUAACAACAACAACAGUAACAAUAACAAUUCUACCCAUCAGGGUUUUGUUCCACUUCCGCCGAGGGAUUUGUUAUAUAGAAGGCAUGAGAGCUUCACAAUAGGCGAGUCAUUUCUCGGGGACUUGAAACAAGACUUAAGGCCUUCGAGAUUCAGACCUUAUUUCGUUGCCGAGAAAGAGAACACCGAGGAGACCAAUUUCGCUGAUUUAGAGAGAGAAUUCAGCGAGAAGAGCGAAUCCAAGCUGAGCGAAGGCCAAGAGUACUCCGACACGGUUUCGUCGGGAAAUGAUCAAGAAUGCGACAAGGAGAUUGUUGAGGAUGAAGUGAAUAGCCAACAGAGUGAACUCGCUACGAGCCACGACAAUGAAGCUCCUAAAGUAGAGAGCGAAUCGUCCGACGAUGGCGAGUCAAUGCACGACGAACAGAUAAAGGCUGAGAUCAAGUCAGCAGGAAGCGGCGGAGAUAAUUCGAAAGCUAUGGAGGAGGAAAUAACUGAAGAAUCGGCGUCAAUUUCGUCAAUUUCGGAUGACGAGAAGGCGGUAGUGACUGAAGAUAAUAAUCUCAAACAACCAGGUAACGAAGCGGCGCAUGCCGAUGAGAGUCAAGUCGCAGACCCUGUUUAUGAUUCUAGCCCGUCGGCAAGGUCGCUGUCAAAUGCUUCAGCACUUGAAGAAGCUUUGCUCUAUGCAGAUAAAGGUGGCUCCAGUCACUCACCUCCGCAGGUGGAUUCAUCUACAAAAGGAGUGAUUUGGGUCGCGCCGAGUUUGGCUUGCGUGGAGGAGAACGAGUCGAGAUCGAGGGAGGUAUCUCAAAUCAGAGAGCGCGAUGUUCUUGGCACUGACUUGAAGGAUAUUCGCGAAGAUUUCCGCCUUCCGAUCGUGCCCGUCUUGCCUCCCCGCGCAGCUAGUCGGCCGCUGCGUCUUUCAAGCUUGUCUUCUAUGGAGGCUGAGUCGAGUGAUGGUAGUUCAAACUAGAUGCUUCAACUGUGGUUAGAUUUGUUUAUUUGGACUUCUUUUUUUCUUUAUUUUGAUGUUUCCUACUAAAAAGAAACAUGUCAAAUUUCAUCAAUGUGUUUCUGCUUACAGCGGAAAUGUCUAUUGCUUUGAUCAACUUUCUAUUAUAUAUUUGUACUGAACGUAGCUAAAAAGAAUUCUUUCACGUACAGUGAUAAGGCUUUAUUGUGUUCAUUGGACUAUCAUGUCUUUCA